GAUCACAGACAACUGGACUUGGUGGAUCCAGGAAGGCUUCCCAGAAGAGAGGACAGAGCUGCCAGAAAAAACUUGGCUCUUUCAAAGGACUCUGGUGGCCCCAGCUUCUGACCUGGGCCUUUUCCUGAUGUGGGGAUUGGAGUAGAGCUCUGGAGGUCACUGGCCCCUCCCGCGGACCAUGCCGCAGCCCCACUGACCCAGGAGCAGGGGCCUGAGGGCAGGAAACCUGGAAUGGGCUGUGUGUUCUGCAAGAAAUUGGAGCCGGGGUCCAAGGAGGAUGCUGGCCUGGAAGGGGACUUCAGGGGCUACGGGGCAGCGGACCGCUACGGCCCUGACCCCACUCAAGCCCGGACUGUAUCCUCCUUUACACACAUCCCCAACUAUGCCAACUUGUCCCCUCAGCCCACCAACCCCACCUUCCUUGAUAGUGGCACCAUCAGAGGCAUCUCAGGGACUGGGGUGACGCUGUUCAUCGCCCUGUAUGACUAUGAGGCCCGGACAGAAGAUGACCUCACCUUCACCAAGGGCGAGAAGUUCCAUAUCCUGAACAACACUGAAGGUGAUUGGUGGGAGGCUCGGUCCCUCAGCUCUGGACAAACUGGCUACAUUCCCAGCAACUAUGUGGCUCCUGCGGACACCAUCCAGGCUGAAGAGUGGUACUUUGGAAAGAUCGGGCGGAAGGAUGCAGAGAGGCAGUUGCUCUCCCCAGGCAACCUUCAGGGGGCCUUUCUCAUUCGGGAGAGCGAGACCACCAAAGGUGCCUACUCCUUGUCCAUCCGUGAUUGGGACCAGACCAGAGGUGAUCAUGUGAAGCAUUACAAGAUCCGCAAGCUGGACACGGGUGGAUACUACAUCACCACACGGGCCCAAUUCAGCUCGGUGCAGGAGUUGGUGCAGCACUACAUGGAAAUGAAUGACGGGCUGUGCUACCUGCUCACGGCACCCUGCACCACCAUGAAACCACAGACGUUGGGCCUGGCCAAGGACGCUUGGGAAAUCAGCCGCACCUCCAUUGCGCUCGAGCGCCGGCUGGGCACCGGCUGCUUCGGGGAUGUAUGGCUGGGCACGUGGAACGGCUGCACAAAGGUGGCGGUCAAGACGCUGAAGGAGGGCACCAUGUCCCCGAAGGCCUUCCUGGAGGAGGCGCAGGUCAUGAAGCUGCUGCGGCACGACAAGCUGGUGCAGCUGUACGCUGUGGUGUCCGAGGAGCCCAUCUACAUCGUGACGGAAUACAUGUGCCACGGUAGCUUGCUGGAGUUUCUCAAGGGCCGGGAAGGCCAGGAUUUGCGGCUGCCCCAGUUGGUGGACAUGGCAGCCCAGGUAGCAGAGGGCAUGGCCUACAUGGAACGCAUGAACUACAUCCACCGCGACCUGAGGGCAGCAAACAUCCUGGUGGGGGAGCGACUGGUGUGCAAGAUCGCUGACUUCGGGCUGGCUCGCCUCAUCAAGGAUGAUGAGUACAACCCCCAGCAAGGGGCCAAGUUCCCCAUCAAGUGGACAGCCCCAGAGGCUGCCAUCUUUGGCAGAUUCACCGUCAAGUCAGAUGUGUGGUCUUUUGGGAUCUUGCUCACUGAACUCAUCAGCAAGGGCCGAGUUCCCUACCCAGGCAUGAAUAACCGGGAAGUGCUGGAAAAGGUGGAGCAUGGCUAUCACAUGCCAUGCCCCCCCGGCUGCCCCGCGUCCUUGUAUGAGGCCAUGGAGCAGACCUGGCGUCUAGACCCAGAAGAGAGGCCUACGUUCGAGUACCUGCAGUCCUUCCUGGAGGAUUACUUCACCUCCUCAGAACCACAGUAUCAGCCUGGGGACCAAACAUAGCCUGCUCAGACAUCAACCACCUCUCUGGUGGUGCCUACCAGCCCUUGCCAAUCUCCAGGGCUCUUGUCCCGAAGACCCCCAGGCUUAGAACCCUAUAGAGUCUUUUUUUUUUUUUGCAGUUUUUGGCCAGGACUGGGUUUGAACCCUCCACCUCUGGUAUAUGGGGCUGGCACCCUACUCCUUGAGCCACAGGUACCAUCCAGAACCCUAUAGAGUCUUAGUGUGUCACAGGAGGUGGCGUGCUUUGACACCAUCUAGUGCAGCCCACUCAUUUUAUAGGUGGGACAAAUGGAGGCUCAGAGCUCAUCCCUCACCCACUCUGGCCACAAGCACAAGCUCUCCCUUCCCACUUGGGCCCCUACAUGCCUCGAGUCUCUCUCUCCUCACCCCCCUCAAAUGCUCAGUUCUUGUCUAGUUAUUUAUAAAACUGUACGUCCCUCCCCUCCAUCCCCUCACUUAUCUCCUUACCCUCCUGUCAUCCCACUCUGGUCCAGGUGCCAAGAAUUUUUUUGUUUUUCUUUUCAGUUUUUUGGCCGGGGUUGGGUUUGAACCCGCCACCUUUGGUAUAUGGGGCCGUGCCCUACUCCUUUAAACCACAGGCACCACCCCCAGGUGCCAAGAAUUUACCUCCUACUCUCAAUCUUUUGUGUUUGUAAGUUACAAAGACAGAAUGUCUUUGUGGGAGCCCUUUCCUGCUGAGUGGAUGCUGUGGCCCAAGACUGGGGCCCAGGCACAGGUUUGCGAGUUGCUGAGGGCUCACCACCCUUCUGAAUAGUAUGUGUGUGUGUUUAUUGGUUUUGUAAAUAAGGAAAAUGAAAAUAUGACUUCUUGAGCCAUUAA